CACAGUGAGGCUCUUCUCUCUCUCUUCUCUCUCUCUCUCUCUCUCUCUCCCCUCAAAUCCCUUAUCGGACGUCAAAUCUCACCCUAGGUUUCCACCUCUCUCCCUUCUCCCUCUUCUCCAUCACCUUUUCGCUUUCGACUAACACAUCUCCGACUAUGGGAGGCGGAGCCGACGACGCGUCGACCCAAUCGGACGGCGGAGACGGAGUCAACAUCAACGUCAGAACCCCCAGUGGCUCCAAGUUCGCCGCUCGCAUCAGCCUCGGCGCCACCGUCCGGGCGCUCAAGGAAGCUCUCUCGCCCAAGUGCGACAUUCCGGCUGAUCAGCAGCGCCUGAUUUACAAGGGCCGGAUCUUGAAGGACGAUCAGACUCUCCGGAGCUACGGUUUGGAGGCAGAUCAUGCUGUUCACUUGGUUCGUGGCUUUGCACCAUCUGCUGCAGCCAACACUGCUGGUGCAACCAAUGCUGGAAGUGAAAAUUCUACCCAAGCAAGGGGUUUUGGAUCUAAUGGAGGUGGAGCAUUGGGAGGAUCUGGCAAUGUCAAUGGGAUGGGCAGCACUGGUGGUUUAUUUGGAUCAGGGUUUCCUGACUUGGAACAAGUGCAGCAACAAUUUAGAGACAUAAUGAACAUCCCUCUCUUUGACAAUCUUGCGAAUAGCACUGACAUGAUACAGAACAUGGUUAUGAACAACCCUCAAAUGCGUGAAAUUAUUGAUCGGAAUCCUGAGGUAGGACACGUUCUCAAUGAUCCUGGCACUAUUCGUCAGACACUUGAAGCAGCAAGAAACCCUGAGCUUAUGCGUGAGAUGAUGCGCAACAGCGACAGGGCUAUGAGCAACAUUGAAGCUUCACCUGAGGGAUUUAACAUGCUUAGACGUAUGUAUGAAAAUGUACAAGAGCCAUUACUGAAUGCAUCAACCAUGGCUGGUGAUGCUGGGGGUGAUAGUUCAAAUCCAUUUGCAGCUCUGUUCGUCCCCCAAGGUGAAAACCCAACCAGAACUCAGUCAACUGCUAGUUCUGAUUCAGCAACUAGGCCCCCUGCUCCAAAUACUGUCCCACUUCCCAACCCAUGGUCACCUACAGGCCCAGCUGGAGUUGCCCAAACUAACACGAUGAGGUCGAACCCUCUAGGGGAUGGUAGGCCGCAGACACCAGCUGGCCGUACUGGACUUAGUUUUCCAGAGUUUGAAGCCACGAUGGGUGCAAUGCAGGAUACCGCUUUACUGAAUCAGGCUGUACAAAACCCAGCUGUUUCUCAGCUCAUGCAAAACAUCAUCUCCAGUCCUCAGAAUAUGAGUGAGAAUCUUGGGUCCGACCCCCAGUUACGCAGCAUGCUUGAUUCAAAUUCUUUCUUUAGAGAAAUGAUGCAAAACCCUGAAUUUUUUCGUCAGUUGGCUUCUCCUGAGACUAUGCAGUUAUUCUUGAUUUUGCUACAAUCACUUAUGUUGCUGCUAGGUGACCAACAACAACAAUCAACCCAGGAACCAGGAGAGACAGGACAGACUGGUGGAGACACAGGAUCAGUUGAUAGCACGGGGUUAGAGAUGCUGAUGAACAUGUUUGGUGGGCUUGGCACUGGCAGCCCGGCUGUUCCCAACAGACCAAAUGUGCCACCGGAGGAACUCUAUGCUGCACAGCUUUCACAACUUCAGGAGAUGGGUUUCUUUGAUAGACAAGAGAACAUACGGGCUCUGAUGACCACUGCAGGAAAUGUCCAUGCAGCAGUAGAGCGACUAUUGGGGAAUUCUGGUCGAUAGUUUAGAGUCACGAUUUCUAAUUGUUCCGGUUAUGUCCAGGCCGUGGUUGCCAAGAUUGGUCUUGUUGGAUAAGCUGAUAUUUUGAUAAGACGAACCCUCUAUUAGUGGUGCGAGCUUAUGGUCCUCGGGUUUGGUAUCUCUCAAGAAGUUUGUCAGACCUGAGUGUACAUAGUUGACAAGUAUUAGUUGUAUGCACGGUAUGGCAAAUUGGUUUCCUUGGAGAUUCGUGAAAAUUUGUAAGAACUGCUGGGUAGCUGCGUAAGUUUCAGUUUCUAUUGCAUA